AUGGAGAACCACCUACGGCUGUGGGCUUUAUUUCUUUUAGCUGCUGCUGUUUCUGCCCAAAAUAACUCUGGUAAAUGCUGGGGGAAGAAGGGGAAAUUGAAAUUCUCUUGUGUGGAAGGGUUAACUAGGAACUGUUGAAACUUUUUUUUUGUAAUGGUAUGCUAACUCUCAUGGGGUUGGUUUUAAUAGGUGUUGACUUUGUCUUUGCUGUUAGAUGCUUUGUGUUGUUCUUAGAGGAAAUUCCUCCUGUUAUGAAACCAGCCAAGGUAUAACGUCAUUAAAAAACUAGUCUGGGCAGUGGUUGGUGGCAAAUGCUUACUGCCUGGUACUGGCCUGGAUUGAUUGAUUGAUGUAAGUGGAGAUAGCUGGACAACUUUCUUUAACUUGCAUUGAAUUCAUGGGGUGGGGGCUGUUUCAUGCUAGCAGGCUAGCUUUACUAGCUAGGGCUAACUAAAAUGGGUGAGGUAAAACAUUUGAAUCUUCCAGAACUCCUCUUCAGACAGGCUGUUAUUCAAAAUGGGGGGUGGAUGUGGAUUGAGGAAGAGAAAAGCCCUUUAUGAUAGAAAUACCAGAAUGUUAUUGGAUGGAGUAACCAGGGUGUGAUGAGUUACCACAUUUUUCCAUGUAUAAGACUAGAUUUCCCCCCCAAAAAAUUAGGUUUAAAAUUGGGGCCCGUCUUAUACAUGGGGGCAUCUUAUACACGUAAAACUAUGGUAUGUUUCACAAAAUGAGAAGUGGGGAAACUGGCCAUGAAGAAAGAGCCCAAAGGUCACUGAAAGGUGGGGCAGCAGCAGCUUUCUGUUGAAUCAGGCUUGGGUAAGGGCUGUGACCUCUGUGGGGCUUCCUCUCUGAGGAAGCAUACAAAGAGGAAGCCCAUUAAUUAGACUGGACUGCACCAGGUUUCCAGUUGCACACUGGACAACUUGGACAAAGCAACAAAAGGAGCCAUUCCCCACAAUCAUUUUGAAAACUUAAAUGCCAGAAGUUACUUAGGUUCUAGUCCAGCCAGAAGCAGAAUCCAUUGAAUUGCCAUGAGGCAGACCUCAAGAGAAAUAUGUGGUAGCCUUUAUAUUAAUAAAGCUGAAGAUAGAUUUUAGGUGGUGCACUAGGUAGAUAGAAGCUAAAUCGGGUAUUAUUGGCUAGUGCUUGGAGGGUGUGAAGAAAACCCAUUCCUUUGGGUAGUUUUGCCUAGUGGCUGGAGGGCCCACCCGAAGGUGGCAGGUGAUAAUCCUCUGCUUCUAGCAUACUUCUCUUCAGUGUUUUCUUUUCUGGGGCUACUCAAAGGUAUGCAGCACCAGUAACUUCCCCCCCAAAUGUUAAAAGUGUAGCACUUGUUAUUGUUAAUUAAUAAUAUUUUAUUAUUUAUACCCCGCCCAUCUGGCUGGGUUUCCCCAGCCACUCAGCCUUUAUUGGCAUAAGUUUAAACAAUGAAAUCAUACAAAAUCAUCCAAAUACAUUAAUAAUCCAAACACAUACAAUAUAUAAAAGACUAGAUAGCCACCACUGAGAAAAUCAAUGAUGUGGCACUUAUUGUAACAACUUCAUAGUGAGUACCAGCGCCUUUUUUCUUCUUCAAACACACACACACUGCUUCUCUUGAUAGGCUAAACUUUCCAUUCUCCAAAACACGCACAAAUUGUAGGCCCAUCUGGGGUGGGGGAGUCAAAAUGUUACCAUAGGAUGUUAUUAAAUAUAAUGUCAAAAGUAAUUAACAAAUGUCUGAGUCCUUAAAGUUGACUUUGUGACUUUCUGGGAAACUUUUCAGCCUGAUGGGCCAAGUUCCCCUCAGGUUUUUUUUGUGUGUUUUUUAAGCAAUUCUCUGAACAUGUGCAGUUUCAUGUUUUAAGCUGAAACUUGCUUGAUGAAUGAUAGCACUACCAAGAGCACAGGAAUACAUUGGGGUUUGCUUCUGCUGACCUGAUGCUGAACCCAUUUACUUGGCAACAGGUCUGUUUUAUUUUAGAAAAAGAGAACUUUUUAAAAGUAAAAAACAAACAAAAGAAGCAUCUAUAACUGUGUACGUAUCUCUCCAACUGUUCCCUAACUACAAAUUCUUAAAAUUAAGAAGGAAGGGAGGAUGGUGUGACAACCCCAGUGUGUCAUAGCAUGGCCAUACUAGGCCAACCAAGGUGGUGAUGUUUGCUGCUUCCCCCAUCACCUGCUACUCUCUCUGGCAUCCUAUUUCAGGGAUUUCAAUAGGCGUCUGGUUAGCCACUGUGGAAAGCAAGAUGCAGGGCUGAGAGGGUGCUUGGCCUACUAGCUGCCAUAUUCUUUACAGUAACAUAUUGGUUCCGUUCAUGACCGUAAAAUGAUGUGUGUCAGUGUUCAGUAAAUGACCCGUCCCUGUGCUUUCUGCAGUGUCUGUGUCAUGCGGCAGCUCGCACGUAUUGAUCACAGUGCCGGUGGAUCUCUUUGGGACGGGCGUGGCUGUUGGCGUUCAUGAACUGACCCUGGGAUCUGGCUGUUCCGUGACUGCUGUUUAUCAAGAUGUGCUGCAGCUGGAAUACCCUCUCCAUGCAUGUGGAGCCAUCAGAGAAGUAAGAAAAGCCUACACAGAAUUGAGGAAGCUGGACUAGAUGGAUCUCAAAGAUCCCUUCCAAAUCUAGGAUUCCAGGAUCCUUUGUGACUUGUCUGGGUUAUAUACAGAGCUGUAGCUAAGGGGUGGUGAGGUGAGCCCCCACCAGGGGCGCAGGCGAGGGGGGCGCAAAAUUGGCUAAAAAUAUAUCCAUAAAUAUGUCUAUAAAUAAAAUAUUGAUUAUUGCCUCAUAAGAAAAGGUUUUAAAUAGAGGAUGCGUUGAAUGGGGUUUUAAAUAGAGGAUGAACUGAAUGGGGGGGGGCAAAGGGUGAUGAGCAGAAUUUCUUUAAAUGCUCUUUCAUGAAAUCUAACCUGAUUGUGUCAUAGCAGUUUGACACCAAAAUAUAAAUUUAACAUUCUAGCAUUAUGCUGUGUAGAUGACAGCUUCAGUGGACUUUGGGGGGUUUGCACUUGCCUCUGUACUGCAUAGCUUUGAUUUCUGCUUUGAACAGCUGGGUGGUAAGAAGACUGGGAGUUUAUAUAGGCUCGAUAACAUUGGGUUUUCCUGAAAUGCUAUCUCUUUCACAGUCUUGUAAAAGAUCCUAAAGACUUACAACUUAUAUCUGGCUCCUAGUUCCUCCCAGACAGUAUCCACUAUAGAAAUGUUCUCUACUACAUGCCUUCUGCUGCAAAUGGUGUGAUCCGGACCAGUCAGUUCUCACAUCCCAUAGAUUGUUUCUACCUAAGGUAAGUCUUGGUUCUGGAAGGAAUAUUGUGCAAGUGAGAGAUGCUGGACUAUCCCAUUAAUGUAAGAAAAGAAGGUGGGGCCGCCUUCUUCUUCUUCUUCUUCUUCUUCUUCUUCUUCAGAUUUGCAAAAGACAAUAAGCAAAGCAGCAAACUAAAAUACAUUUUUAAAAUAAAAAAACCCCCAGUCAUAAUGGUAAGGAGAAUCAGUGCUGGUUUUCUAGAAAAGGAGGUGCUGGAACUCCCCAUGAACGCCUCGCUCGUUCUCUUAGAAUGGCCAUGGCACCCACCUGAGAGGUGCCAGAACUGAGUUCCGGAGAGUUCUGGCUGAAAAAAAAGCCCCGAGGAGAAUAAAAAUAAAAGAGCUAGAAAAAGAAUGAGUAGCAUAAAUGUGUAGCAUAUAUUCAGUCAUAGGAUAAAAGGUUCAUAUGUAUACAAAAUAUAUCCAGGACUCAUAAAUGUCUCCAGAUAAAAUCAUGUUUAGUAGGAAUGUGCCAACCAUGAAAUUGUUUUGUCAUAUGAAUCACAAACAGCCCCAAAACAGAUGCAAAGUCUGAGGGGUCUGCAACGCCUCCGGCAGCAUGCCUCUUAUGCUUUUGAUCACAUCUGGUCUCCAAAUACUUAAAUGUGUGGAUCUAGCUUCUCCCAUUGGCUAUCUGGCCAAGGUAGCAUCUUUCAUUCUAGGAAGAAUGUUUUAAUGGAUGGAUUGUGUUAAGGAGAUGUUGAGAUGUCUUGGUGUCUAUCCCUGAGGUUUGAUCCUUAGCAAAGUGUGGCAAUUUAGUCUGCAGCUGCUAAAACACCAUGUACUUUGGGGGCCUACAAGGAUAAUAACAGCAUGCAAAAAGAAAGAAGAGGCAUGUGAUGCAUAAGAUCUGUCCUACAGAAAGAGCAAUAAGCCUUCUGAAUUAUAUAAGAAGGAAGUAGAUGAAACCUGGUUUCUCUUCUAGGUCAUGGAAUGUCUCCUCACUUGGAAUACAGCCCACAUGGAUCCCUUUCAGAUCCACCGUGAUGGAAAAUCAGCGCUUGGAGUUUGCCCUUGAAGUCUAUGACAGUGAGUGCUCUUAGUCAGCUGGCUAGCAUGCCUCUCUCCAAUUUACAGUAAGCUGCAAUAUUAGUUAAACCUAGGAACAGAGUUGCCCACUUGAUUAAACAUUGGUUGGAGAGAGGUGACAAUAGUUUAUUUGGGAAACAAAAGGUGUUUUCUUAUAGGGUCGUUUGCUUCUGGUGGACACGUGUUCCAUUUGCACCUCUGCAAGGUUUUUUGGGGGGUUUUGUAAGCUUUUAUACAGUAAUGGCUGGUGGUCUUUGGCUCACAGGCUGCAUUCACCCUUGGCCAGUUCCCUUGGCCUCGGCCCAGUAUACCUGAAGGAGCGUCUUCACCCCCAUUGUUCUGCCUGGACACUGAGGUCCAGUGCCGAGGGCCUUUAGGCGGUUCCCUCACUGUGAGAAGCAAAGUUACAGGGAACCAGGCAGAGGGCCUUCUCGGUAGUGGCAUCCGCCCUGUGGAAUGCCCUCCCACCAGAUGUCAAAGAAAUAAACAACUAUCUGACUUUUAGAAGACAUCUGAAGGCAGCCCUGUUUAGGGAAGCUUUUAAUAUUCAAUGAAUUAUUGUAUUUUAAUAUUUUGUUGGAAGCCGCCCAGAGUGGCUGGGGAAACCUAGCCAGAUGGGCGGGGUAUAAAUAAAUCAUCAUGGCCAUCAUUUAUUAAUAUUUCAACCUUUUUGAGUCCAUGGCUCCCUUGACCAACUACCUUCUUUCUGUGGCACCCCUGUGGCACUCAGGAGCCCAGUAAUGUCACCCCUUGCCUUCAGAGCUGGCAGCCUCUCACUCUUUUUCGAAAACCCUCCCUCGUGGAAUGUUCCCUCUCCUCUCCACUCUCCUUGGGAGUCCUCUGGGCAGCCACUGCCCCACCCCCACCCCAAAGAAAGGUGCCGCCUCAUGCCGCCCCACAGGAGCCUGGGAAGAGGAUGCCUCAAGCCUUAGCAGCACAAUGGAGACUGGCUGAAGGUGAAUGUGAGGCCACCAUCUUUCUCACCUUGGGAGGCAGCGGUGGGUGCCACCAGGCCAGCAUGGUGGAAAGGCUCCCCUUCAGCACCCGGCACUCAGCUCACAGGCAGGCCUUACACAGCAAACACAAGGCCAGUGCAAUGCCUGUCUGCCUACCUGCCUGUCCGGCCUCCCACUUGUCUGUCCAUUCCCAACAGCAAGGGAUGGUGGACUGGCUGGCUGGACUCCCUCGCCCACUUGCUUACUCCAAGGCCACUUCAGCUCCUGGCAACCAGUACCCCCUGGCCAGCCCCAGAGGCCCCAUUCACCUGGGGAGCUUGUGGCCAGGGCUGGUGCAAUAAACAGCUGUGCAAGCCUUUGAGAAGCAGAGACUUGAGAAGGCAUCAGAGGAGGGAGGGGAGGAAAGAGAGGGCUGGAGGCCACUGUGGCCUGUGGCACCCCUGGCCAUCAUUCAAGGCACCCCAGGGUGCCACCGUACACUGGUUGAAAACCACUGCACUAGGGGCUAAUUGCCAGGGCUGGGCAUGGGCACCUCAUGCUCCUGCAGAACACAUACAUGCACAGACACAUAGGCCCCUCCUCAGCUGAUCAGUCAGUGGAGAGGUUACAUUAUGCAGUAUGUUUGAAUGUUGAAUGUGUAAGUGUAUGACUAGAGACAGCGGAUAAAACAAACACCAUUAGAUGUGCUGCUUGCUAAGUGUUUAAUGGUUAUUGUAUUUGUUUAAAAACCAAUAGAAAUUUGUUUUAAAAUGGAGAAGGGACAGCAGCAAGGAGGAAAUGGCUUACACAGAAGGGGCCCAUUAAAGAAAUCUUACCCAAGUCCUUCCAAAUAACCUGGAAGUAAUACUGGCAGGUGAAGUGCUGUGUUCUAGCAAGGGAGCUUGUAGUUAUGUGGCUCUUGGCUUGCUUCUUACUGACGUGUAUGUAAUGAUUCUAUGUUCUUCCUUCCAGGUACCUGGUCAGCACCUAGGUCUGACCCCACUUACUAUCUUGGGGAUCUAAUCAACAUCCAAGCAUCAGUAAGGAAGGGCAGCCACGUUCCUCUGAAGAUCUACAUUGAUGAGUGUGUUGCCCGGCCAAACGCUGAGUCCUCUGUGAAAUACGAAGUCAUCACAAAUCAUGGGUAGGAGAUGGGGAGUGGCAGGCCCAGGCAUGGGGGAAUGGCAACAGGGGAAAAGAAAACUGGAAUCAGUUCUAUGGCUGUGACCACAUUCAACACUGAAGUUAAUUGAAAAUGGGACUUGAGCUAGGGGUGGCAAAGCUCUUCUAAGCUAGGGGUGGCAAAGCUGUGGGCCCUCCAGAUGUUUUUGGAGGGCAGCUCCCUUCAGCGCUGACCAGCAGAGCCAUGCGCUGCCGCCACCAUUGUGUUUAGCUGGAUCCAGAGUUUGCUACAAACUGUUGUUGUGCAAAAGAAAGGAAGAGAUAUUAAACACUAUAUGCCUGUUGAAAUAAGAGUACAUUCACUUCUUUUUUCUUGAAAGAUAGAUGUUUAGCUUGUUUAGAAAUUGACCAGCUCUGCCAUGAGUGUGGCACUCAUAUUAAUAAUAGGACGGAGGAAAUUGGAUCAUUCAUGCCUGCUUCUGUCUGUAUUGCAGGUGCCUUGUAGAUGGGCAGCAAAGCAACUCCCGUUUCCUCCCCACGCAGGAAGAUGGAAUCAGCCGCCUCCAGCUGGACACAUUCACCUUCAUUGGGGCCUCCAACCACCAGGUUGAGGGGGAAGGGGGGGGGGAAGGGAACUGAACCUCCGAUAUGGGACUAGUACUACACUAGUUUUAUGGUCAACUGCUGUUUGGGGGGACAGUGGAGUUAGUAAGCAUGUGGAAAAUCUAAUGUCAACUUUAUGGAUGAGACAUUGCCUCACGUCAAUGACUCUGCGUGAGUGAUGAGGGCAUCCUUCUGUUAGCAUUCCAAUUUUCCCAUCCUGUGAGGGCCCAUGGGCUGUGUUGUUUCCCCUCCCAUUUAUCUCACAAGGGGCUUGAAUGGCACAUCCACAAUAUCAGAUGCAUCUUAGUUUUGGCGGUGCUAGUGAGAGUCUGAGUCUCCAUGCCAGGCAUUUGCACUCUGCCACUGGGUUGAUGAACCUGCCCUUGUGUGUGUCAGAUUUAGUUUUGCAAGGUCCUCCCUAGCCUACAAAUGCUAGGAACAGAGUGACAACCUAAUGUACAACCUAAUUUGAUUGUCUAGAUCUACCUCAUAUGUCACUUGAAGGCGGUGCCUGUUGGCUCUGCGGACCCUCGCAACAAGGCAUGCUCCUAUGACCUCACUACUGCAUCAUGGAGUUCCUAUGAAGGAGGAGAUUGCUCCUGUUGUGGUUCUCCUAGUGGGUGUGAGAGCAAGAAGAGGAAGAGAAGGCAACAGCAGAAGAAAGGUGAAAUCCUCUCCCUAAAACCUAUUUUGUAUCAUUGACUUUAUGUACCUGCUAAUCAAAAGGUUCAAAAGAAUGACUGCCUACUGCAGAGAUGCAGUUGGACUCCAACUUCCAGUAUUCCCAAGUCACAAUGGUCAGUGGUCAGGGAUGGAUGGAAAUUGUAGUCUACGUCUGAAGGACACCAUGUUGACUUCCACUGGUCAACUGGUUCCAUUUGGCGCCCAAACAGAAGCAGCCACUUAUUUGUAACUUGUAUGGCUUCACUCGCUCGUUUCACCAUAAAUGCUGGGAACAACAUUUCCAACCAUGACCUAUAUUUGGAGGAGAGUUAAAACAGCUUGCCCUGUUCAUUUCUAUACAAGAGCUGUACAGAGAAGGCUGAAAAUACUGUGUUAAGGCAGUGGGGUGACAACAAAUGGGCGAGUAGGUCUGUAUUCGUGAGCCUUUGAUUUGUGCUUCCUCCUUGCAGGAUUGUCUGGAGAAGCCAACCUCAAGCUUGGUCCCCUUGCACUGAAAGGAAAGCCAACAAACAGCUCCUCCACACUGAAUGACAUCAGCACUUCUGAGACGAUGUCUGUGGUGACCAGCUAUGCCACACUCAAGGCUCCCCAGGCUGCUGAGUUGCCUGCUAACCAGAGGGUGACUAUUAUCGUGAGGGAGAGAGUGAAGGAAGGAUCUGGUAAGAGCUUCAGAAUUGAUAGAGAAUGGUCCAAACACAAUGAUAAAUUUUUCAGCACAGCAAUGACUUAAACUGACAAGACUAAUUAUGUAUGUUAACAUGAAACAACCAAAUUGAGCUGCACAAAAUCCUGGCAUGGUUUUGGCCAUAAUAUUUAGGAGUGAAAUAAGAUGGAAUAAAAAAAUAGCCCUCUUGCAUUUUAUAGCAGGGGGACAGGCCCUUCAGUUUGUCACCUAGGAAUUCCAUGAGAUUUGAACAAGGUUCUGUCACUUGGGCCAUAUGGGAUGGCAUUGUUUUGUGUAGACAUGGUGCAAGACAACUAGGUGUGAACAGCACCAACUCCGCAAUAAACUGCUGUGUGGAGAAGGGUCUGUUGUCGAUGCAGUAGAUGACGUCCCCUUUCUGUAAGGCUUGAUUUGAGCCUGGGCUCAGAUCCGAAACCUGUAUUUGCCCCCAGCAAAAGUGCCUUUUAGCAUCGGCAGAGUAUACUUUCCUUGCCACUGAAAAGCAACAACCAGUUACUUUGAGACUGGAGGCCUGUAGGUCUGAAAGCCUUGACACCCAGUAAGCUCUGUAUUUUAUUGCACAGUGCCUUUCUAAAUUUUGAAGUACAAAUAGUUCUGUGAUGUGGAUGAAGUAAGGAACAACCAGCUUUAUAACAUCUCUGUGAACUGCCUCUGUUGACACUCCUCUUUUCCCUCCCUUCCGCUAAUAGGGUUCUUCCUCCAUUUCCCCUUCUCCAUUGCCACCAUGGUCAUAAUAACUACCUGUGCCUUCAUUAUAUUUCUGUCGAUUAUGGGCUGUUACUGCUCCAGCAGACGGUCCCGUCGUGGAUAUCGCAUGAAGACCAUCCGUGCAGCUUUGGUGGAAGUUAGUGCCGUUGCCAUGGCACCUGCAGCAACUGGCUCAGUAGCUGUUGUUUCCUCUGGGAAAUCCAGAGCUAUCUCCAAGAGACCUGACAGGAGAGUAGCCAGCAGCUAGUGGGCAAAUGGCUUCUCUCCGAAGAUUCAGCUGUUUAACAAAUAAAUGAUUGACAGUGCAAAAACACAAAA